GCUGAAAUUCAAUGUAUUUCAUCUCUAAGCUCUCUUAAAAAAAGCUGCAGUGCUCUUCCAUCAGAAGCUAUCAGUUCCAGACUGGUUACAGAUCAUAAAGCUGGAGGACUGGGUGCAGGCAUGCCUUUGAAAAUUAAAGUUCCCCUUAUAGUUUCUGUCCUUUUUCUUGUGAUCAGUGUGUCUGUUAUCAUUGCAAUCGCAUAUGUUCAAAUCAACAAUGAACAAGCUCUGUCUCCAGGUCUCAAGUACGGCAUAGUACUGGAUGCCGGAUCUUCUCGAACUACCGUAUAUGUGUAUCAGUGGCCUGCCGAAAAGGAAAAUGAUACUGGUGUGGUGAACCAGACCUUCAAAUGCAAUGUGAACGGGCAAGGGAUAUCCAGCUAUGCCAAUGAUCCUGAUAAAGCUACCCUGAAUAUUGAUGGAUGCAUGAAGAAAGUGAGCGACGUUAUCCCCCUCAGUCAGCAAAAUAGCACCCCAGCUUAUUUGGGAGCCACUGCAGGAAUGAGACUUCUCAGGUUGAAAAAUGAAAGCGCAGCCAAAGGAGUUCUUACCAGUAUACACAAAUACUUCCAAACACAACCCUUUGAUUUUAAAGGAGCGCACAUCAUAACUGGUCAGGAAGAAGGAGUGUAUGGAUGGAUCACUGUCAACUAUUUAAUGGGAAACUUCUUGGAGAAAAAUAUUUGGAGAGCAUGGGUACGACCCUACGGAGCUGAAACAACUGGAGCUCUGGAUCUGGGAGGAGCAUCUACACAAAUAUCUUUUAUUCCAGAGAAGUCUGAGCAGAACCCAAACAACACAGUAGAAGUGACAUUAUAUGGCUAUCAAUAUAAUGUCUACACUCACAGCUUUCCAUGCUAUGGAAGGGAUGAAUCUGAAAAAAGACUUUUGGCAUCAUUAGCCCAGAAUUCCCCUAAAAACGUUUAUGUUGAAAAUCCAUGCUACCCUCUCAAUUACAUGGUGAAUUUAACAACGAAGCAUAUAUUUGGAAGUCUGUGUGCUGCUCGGUUCCGUCCGGCAAAUUACAACCCAGAUCAACUGAUCCAUUUUAAAGGGACAGGAAAUCCCGGCAUGUGUAUGGAAAAGGUGGCCAUGUUGUUUAAUUUCACUGCAUGCCAUGGUGAACAUGACUGUUCAUUUGAUGGAGUUUACCAGCCCAAGGUGAAAGGAAAAUUUGCGGCCUUCUCAGGAUUUUACUAUACAGCCAGUGCCUUAAAUCUUACUGGAUAUUUUUCACUGAAUGAAUUCAACUCAAGUAUGUGGUCCUUCUGUACUCAUGAAUGGAGCAAGCUCCCACAAAUUUUACAAAGGUUUGAUGAAACAUAUGCAAGAUCGUAUUGUUUUUCUGCUAACUUCAUCUAUUAUCUCUUGGCUCAUGGAUAUAAAUUUGACACUGAGUCUUGGCCACAAAUUAAUUUCCAGAAGGAGGUUGGUAAUAGCAGCAUAGCUUGGUCACUUGGCUACAUGCUGAAUCUCACCAACAUGAUCCCUGCAGAGAGGCCUCUUAUAAUUCUGCCUUUGAGUCCUUCCUUGUUUGCAGGACUUCUCUUUUUGUUUACAACGAUAUCCGUACUGUGUCUGAUAUUCCUGUUUAUUUUGCUAAUCCGUGCACGCUAAGACUAUUUAUUCAGUCAAGCAUGGUUGUUGUGAACAAGCUAAAGCACGGACCUAUGUCUUCUUGAUUAGUACACAGAGACGCUAAGACAGCCGUCUGUCUAAAGAGCAUUGUGCAUUCUAAGCUUUGUACAGUUUGUCAAGAAGAUGUUCUGUGUUUACAAAAGGUGUGUUCAGGCAACGUUUCUUUGUACAGAUUGACCUCAGGGACACUGGUACGGAAGGCGCAUGGACAUGCAUUGAGUAAUCUUGAGCCAGUCUAAUCUUUAUAUAAGGGAAGAAAAAUGCAAACCGAGCUGUGCUUAUCAAACAUGCAGCCAAGAUCUGGGGGUUAAGAUUUUUUAUUUAUUUAUUAUCUUUAUUUGUAUUUUUAUGGUUCAUGUCAUGGUACAAUGUACAUUGUCUGAUGGUAAAUUAACCUAAUAGCAAAUAAAUGAAUGUGCCCUGUAAUCGCAUUAAAAGAAUCUUACUGCCCCA